GCGACUUUAUCUCCCUGCCGCUGACGCGCAACCGCGACCACCGCAAACUUUACCUUCUUCUUCUUAUUAUUUUUUUUUUAAUUCUCCCCCUCUUCUUCUUCCUCGUUGGCGUUUGGAAGUACGCGGAAUCCUUCCACGCAGAGGAUGACGAGGAACCUGCAGUGACAACCUAAGACUCGCCGACCUUCGACAACCCUUCGACUCUGCGAGCCUUCCGACAGACUUCCUUUGACCGAAGACUGAAGUGGCGUGACCAAGCCGGUGGAAAAGAGUCAUAACGUACAAGAGAAGCAUCGAGCUAAAGUGGAUUUUAGCUCCACUGGGGAAAAAAAAUGAACUAGCAUUUCAAGAGGAUCCGAACCAGUCAGGCAACACAAUUGACCGUCUCUGCAGUAGACUCUCCUUGAAGAGUCCGAGGCAGUUCGUCUGAGGAGGAAUCAGUUCCUCCUCUUCUCCAAACCUUCUCGACCAUUCUUUUCCACUCAGACAUGGAUCUCCACAGAGCAGCCUUCAAGAUGGAGAGCUCUUCCUACUUGCCCAACCCCCUGGCCUCGCCGGCCCUCAUGGUCCUGGCCUCCACAGCAGAAGCCUCCCGCGAUGCUUCCAUUCCCUGCCAGCAACCACGCCCGUUUGGCGUCCCAGUUUCUGUGGAGAAAGAUGUCCACUUGCCGUUCAACAAUGGUUCAUACACCUUUGCGUCCAUGUACCACCGCCAAGGUGCGGUCCCUCCCGGUUUCCCCAACAGGGACUUUCCACCGUCCCUCCUUCAUCUACAUCAUCAGUUCGCGCCACCUAACCUGGACUGCUCGCCGAUCAGCAUGCUCAACCACAGCGGCGUCGGGGCUUUCCGACCCUUCGCUUCGCCUCCCGAGGACCGAGAUGGGGCGCCGGGCGGGUACCAGUCGGCUUUCACCCCGGCUAAGCGCCUCAAAGGGUGCCUGGACGCAGAAGCUUCACCCCACCUACGGUACACCGAUGCUGACGGCAAAGAGUAUGAUUUUGGCGGCGCCCAGAUCCCGCCUGGGGGCUCGCCCAGCAGCGCUUUGAAGGCCGUAGAGGACAGCGGGAAGAAGAUCUUCGCUGUCUCCGGCCUCCUUUCAGACCGAGAGACCUCCUCCAGCCCCGAGGACCGCAUCGAACGCUGCAAAAAGAAGAUGUCGCUGUACGACAGCCAGGCUCCCAUCUGUCCCAUCUGCCAGGUGCUGCUCCGGCCCGGGGAGCUCCAGGAGCACAUGGAGACGGAGAUCGAGCGACUAGCCAGCAUGUGCCUCAGCAGUAAGAACCCUUCUUCCAAGGAUGGAAGCAUCACUCCGGGAACUCCUAAGUCCAUGCUGCUGUCCGUGCACAUCAAGCGGGAGGGCGAGUCUCCUGUGGUCUCGCCACUCUCGUCUGACGACGCCCACCAUUCGGACAGAUACCAGACGUUUUUGCGGGUUCGAGCUAACAGGCAAACACGACUGAAUGCCCGCAUAGGGAAGAUGAAGAGGAGGAAGCCGGAGGACGGGGGCCAGGUAUGUCCGCUCUGCAGCGCCCCCUUGGCUGGGAGCGAGGAGGAGAUGAGUAGACAUGUGGAGCGAUGCCUCAUCCAGCGGGAGGGCGUGCUCGGCGAGGACGACUCGGUGGAUAUGGACGGCGACAGUGGGCGUGGCUUCGAGGAGUACGAGUGGGCGGGACAGAAGAGGAUUCGCGCCACGGCUCUCCUAGAGGGAGGCUUCCGAGCGACGGGUUUUGCGACGUGCAGUAUGAAGGAGGCGGGGGGGGACAGUGACGCCGACCUGGACGUGGACGGCGACGACACGCUGGAGUACGGCAAAGCUCAGUACACCGAGGCCGACAUCAUCCCCUGCUCGGGAGCCGGGGAGGACCAAGGAGAAGCCAGGGAGCGGGAGGCUCUGCGGGGGGCCGUGCUAAACGGAGGCAUGCCCUCAAACAGAAUAACGCCGGAGUUCUCCAAAUGGGCCAGCGACGAGAUGCCUUCGACGAGCAACGGCGAGAGCAGCAAGACGGACCCCAGCACUCCCUCGUCCUCCACGUCUUCCUCCUCCUGCGUCCCGCGCACCUGUAAAAACAGCGAGAUCGAAAAAGUAACAGAAGAGGAUUCCACAGCCACCACCAUGGAGGCUCUGAAGGCUCGAAUCCGAGAGUUGGAGAAGCAGAUACUGCGAGGCGACCGAUACAAAUGUCUCAUCUGCAUGGACUCCUACACGAUGCCACUCACGUCCAUACAGUGUUGGCAUGUCCACUGUGAAGAAUGCUGGCUGCGGACGCUGGGGAACAAGAAGCUGUGCCCGCAGUGCAACACCAUCACCUCGCCGGGGGACCUGCGGCGUGUCUACUUGUAAAGAGCACACCCCCACCCACCCAGCCUCCGCCGUGGACCUCCCAUUUCAACCACACCCCUACUUCCCCCCUUCGCGAGCUUCAGACCGCCCCCAAAGAGACACAGCUCGGGUUGGGGGGUGAGGGGGCGAACCAAACGUGAACGGACUCCUUAAAACACUGGAUGUCAAAUACCGACGAACCUUUUAGCGUCACCGGAGCUGAGGUCGGCCGCCCCACCCCUGCGCUCCGGUUCUGCUUCCACAUCACGACUGGACUUUGCAAUUCUAGAAGACGUCCGGACACUGCAAAAUGAAGAAGACUCCCAGUUUAUCAUCGAGCGAACCAUGGCAUUAAACCCCACCCCCUCCCCCGUUAAGAUGCAGUCCAAGCACAUGUAAGUAAAGUCAGUGUAUGUUUACAAAGUUCCCACGUCGAUGCGUACCCGCCGUUUUGUAGAAUAUCAACGUCAUGUUCUCCGUCUUCGGUUUGCAGAGAAAAUGGCCUGCUUUAUUUUCAGAACCAGCAUCUCUGGCUGACGUUUCACUGUACAGAAGAAAAAAAAACAAACUCCAGGCUCGAUGGUCAAGAUUUAGGUGUCAUUUUCCGCAGAGUACUUUGUCGAAUCGUAGAUCUAAAAGAGGAAGAAAAAAAAAAGCAAGCGACGAUCUUUUAUUUGUUCCAAUGCGUGGAACUUCUUGAUGCGCAAAACGGCACCAAGUAGGGCGGCAUUUCACUCCAGCGCCGCUCCCACACCACUCCUGAGUUUCCACCGCAGCGAUUCUCCACCAACCCUUCUCUUUCCCCUCCCCGUUAUUCUCCGACCGCUUUGCCGCAGAGGUCAAAAGAAAGACAACUAGAGAGUUGCCCGAGGGAAGUCCGGGUCGAACCGGCGACCUCCUUUUUUGCGGCUUAACUCCCCCCUUCUCCGGCCGCGGGGUGGCGGUGUGCUUUGUGUUUGUAAAACUAUGUAUUCUGUGACGUCUGUAUUGUUGUCCAAAUAAAAUAAAAAAAAAAUGCUGAGAUCAAGAAAAUAAAACCUUCUCAAAUAUCACCAAACCCGAGUCAUCAAAUAUAAGGUGUGCAUUGUUGGGGGGGAAAAGGGGGAAUGCGACAACAAAUGCAUGAGCUCACCCUCCACUUAACUGUUUUUGUUUCCCUCUCCUUGAAGUCCUUUUAUCUCCUGGAGCGGCACGUCCGCCGCGGAGAAAACGGGACGUGGUCUGGGUUCACACGUGCGUGGUCUGGGUUCACACAUGCGUGGUCCGGGUUCCCACAUGCGUGGUCUGGGUUCACACAUGCGUGGUCCGGGUUCACACAUGCGUGGUCUGGGUUCACACAUGCGUGGUCCGGGUUCACACAUGCGUGGUCUGGGUUCACACAUGCGUGGUCCGGGUUCACACAUGCGUGGUCUGGGUUCACACAUGCGUGGUCCGGGUUCACACGUGCGUGGUCUGGGUUCACACGUGCGUGGUCCGGGUUCACACGUGCGUGGUCCGGGUUCACACAUGCGUGGUCCGGGUUCACACAUGCGUGGUCUGGGUUCACACAUGCGUGGUCCGGGUUCACACACGCGUGGGCCGGGUUCACACACGCGUGGGCCGGGUUCACACACGCGUGGUCCGGGUUCACACGCGUGGUCUGGGUUCACACGUGCGUGGUCUGGGUUCACACGUGCGUGGUCCGGGUUCACACGUGCGUGGGCCGGGUUCACACGUGCGUGGUCUGGGUUCACACGUGCGUGGUCUGGGUUCACACAUGCGUGGUCUGGGUUCACACAUGCGUGGUCUGGGUUCACACUUGCGUGGUCUGGAUUCACACGUGCGUGGUCCGGGUUCACACAUGCGUGGUACGGGUUCACACGUGCGUGGUCUGGGUUCACACAUGCGUGGUCUGGGUUCACACAUGCGUGGUCUGGGUUCACACAUGCGUGGUCUGGAUUCACACGUGCGUGGUCCGGGUUCACACAUGCGUGGUACGGGUUCACACAUGCGUUGGAAGUUUGGUCCCCAAAGAUGACAAAUUGCACAAGAUAAAUUAUGUCACAGUUAUUUUGUGUCUUGUAUAUUCUUGGAAAUGGUACGUUGUCUGACCCGUUUGUAAACUACAUUUGACAUGAAUUAAAAUGGAUUUUAAAUCCCAA